GAGAGGAACAGUCAAAUAAACAAUGUUUACAAAAUACACUCGCGCUAUAUAGCGCUAUGAGGAUGUCCCAAACCUUACACUGAUUGAGAUAAUCUCUGCUGGGAUCCGAUCAUGGACAUGUUCAACAAAGUGACGACUUUUCUGCAGCAGGCUUUAGAAACCAGGGAACCCUUGAUAAAUCUGCUGGACUCUUUUGUGGAUCACUGGAAGGCAGUAACCAACUAUUACAUAGAAACUACAGAUGAGUCUCGUCCGGUGAAGCACACAGACAUCCCAUGGAGGCUGAAACAGAUGUUGGACAUCCUGGUGUACGAGGAGAAACAGCAGGAGGAGGAAACGGGUCCCUGCCUGGAAUACCUGCUCCAGCACAAAAUACUAGAGACACUUUGUACUCUGGGAAAAGCACAGUAUCCUCCCGGCAUGAGUCAACAAGUGCUGGUGUUCUUCACUAGAGUCCUUUGCCAGAUCCAGAAACCUGUGCUGCAUUUAAUCAAUGUCUAUCGGCCUGUACAGAAACUGGUCUAUCUAUGUGGACUCCCUGGUUCAAAGACAGAAAGAGAGGAAUCUCAGUUUCUGUUUGCCGUUUGCACUCGUGUGAAGAAAGACCCAUAUGUCCUCAACUAUAUCCUUGAGGUUUCCAAAGCCUCUCUGACACAGAGGUCUAGUUCUACCUCAGAAGAGGGCUUGAAGGAGGGGUGCAUUGGAGCUUCAAGUCCAGAGAGGGCUCACUCUCCACCUGCCUCCUCUUCCAGUGCUGCCUCCUCCUCAUCUGCCCAGAGUGGAGUUCAUAACUCCAGCUCACCUCAGGCAGCCACAGGCAUUAUCCCUGUUCUCAUUCACCUGGGGAAGAGUCAGAAAAGUCGUAUUGCACUCAAAGCCCUGGAAAGUUUGUUGCUACUGGUCAGUUUACCUGAAGAAGACAUUGGAAAGUUGCUGGCUGAGGGAACUCCACUAUGUCACCUACUCGCUCAGAGAUUGACUGAGCUUUACUGCCUUAUACCCUCAACGCUCGACCCUGCAGACAUACAGAGCUACCCCAACACACAGUGGAGAGCUCGGUUCACACAGGACAGCACAGAUGAGAGCCAGUCUUUCUCAGGCAGUGAACAUGUCCACAUGUUUUUCUGCUUUUUGGACUACUGUAAUCAACUCAUCAAGGAAGCACCAACGGUACUUGCUAUUAAUAUAGCCCAAGCAAUUCACCAUCAGUGGCUUAAAGGUGUCAUCCAGCCACAUCUGCUUCAGAUGUCAGAAGUUGGGAUCCUGGUACACACGGCACUGCUGUGUUGUUCUGUGCAUCACAUACAUUCUCCUGUGCUCCUGGAGAAGCUGGUUCAGUUUCUUUUAGGAAGCGAUACACACUGCGAACAGCCAGAGGACACACACUCACACAUCCUUCGUUAUCGCCUAAUUGAACACUGCAAUCAUUUAUCAGAUGAGAUCAGCAUCACGACAUUGCGUCUGUUUGAGGGGCUUCUACAGAAGCCCAACAGAAACAUCUUGACAAAUCUGGUGCUGCGGAAUCUUGAGAAGCGCAGCUAUAGGCUGCCUGGAUCAGGAGGUGGGGACGAAAGACAAGGAGGCGAGCAUGAUAUUUUAGAAGAAUCCGAGGAGCUGGAAGAGGAUCCCUUCUUCACAGACAUGUAUGAAGACAGUGAGUUCAGUGGCCAUGAGCCUCUUCUGUCUCUACCCAGUGUGAGAGAGAGACGUAAUCCCAGCACACGCACGCAAGUUGCUGAUGUCGUCAACAGCUUCUUGUGUUUAGUGCCCCAGGAGGCAAAAACAUCCCAUCUUGUGCAGGGAGCAGGGUAUGAGACAUACGUCCAUGACGCACACAAAUUGUUAAAAGAAUGUUCUGCGCUGUCACUGGAGUGGAAUUGGCCAGAUUCUGACAAAGCCACUGAAAACUCUCCAGCUGCAGACUUCUAUGAAGGGCACUUCCUAAAAAUCCUGUUUGACAGGAUUGCACGCAUACUAGAGCAGCCAUAUGAGCUAAAUCUGCAGGUGACUUCAGUUCUGUCCAGGUUAGCUGUGUUUCCUCACCCUCACCUGCAUGAGUAUUUGCUGGACCCCUACAUAAGCCUGAGCCCUGGGGCACGAUCUCUCUUUUCCACUCUUGUCAGGGUGAUAGGAGAGUUGAUGCAGAGGAUUCAGCACAUCCCCAAUGUGACAGAAAGACUGAUGAUCAUCAGGAGACAACUAAUGGGACUGGAAGAGGAGACUAUGAUGGAUCACGCGACCCUGUUAAAAGGUGUAAUAGUACUGGAGGAGUUUUGUAAGGAACUGGCUGCCAUUGCAUUUGUCAAACUACCCAUGGAAGAACAAUGAAACAAUGCCAGACUCCAAAUACAAUACAGAGGAUCAGUACUGAACAACAUCCCCUGGAUGACUGCCUCUAUAUACAGGGGGAAAAUGGAUUUGCACAGAAUUUAGUUAUGUGGCAAUAUUUGUAGAAAUGCAUGUCACUUUUUGCUAAUUGUUGUCAGAGAGGACUCAAAUUGCCUGAUGACAGUUUGUUUUUCAACUUUUGUCCAAGAGAAAAUACCUGUGAAUUCAGACCGGUGUUGUGGUGUUUCAUAAAUCAGGUACAGUACUAGUCAGAGCAGGUUUCUAUUCAUAGCAGAAACCGUCUGUGAUGUAUCAAGUUGCUUUAUUCCACUUUUAGUGGAAUCAAUAGAAAUAAACGAUUUGUCUUUUGCACAAUAUUAAAGUGGGCGGGCUUGUUACCCAGUAAUUUUAGUCCCAAUCAGUCUCUCUGAUAUGGGACAAAGAGCUGAUUUGUGGUCAGUUCCCUCUGCCUUUAAUGUCUUAUUCAGUUUAAUAUGUAAAGCAAAACCCUUAUCUCCGAUCAGAAUUCUUAAACUGUUGUUUUUAAGCCAUUGCACAUUCAUUUACCUGUUUAGAUUGCUUUGUGCUGAUACAUUAACUGGACUUGUAUCAUUACGGUGUAUAAAGUAAUAAUGCAGUAAGAUAUUUGUAUUUAUCUUUAAUCUAUCACUUUUCUCAUCCUCUUUGAGUUGUGAAUAAUCAAUGUUAUUUUAUUUCAUCCUGUAUGUUAAAUGGCUGAACCAAAGAUCUAGAGUGAUAUUUCGAUUUUUCAAGUAUUUGUGUGUGGUAUGUGUGGUCAUCUGAUUGUCAUUUUCAUUGGCCUACUGUAUAUUCUUAAUAGGCCUUUAUUGUCUAUUGAGGCGAUAUGUGAUGUAUUGUGAGAUUUUAUAAUAAGGCUUAACACCACGGCUGUAAGCAAUACCUACUCUAAUCUAUUUUCACGGCAAUAAACUCCUAAAAUGUUCAUGGACAUUCAGUUGCA